AUGUCUACCAUAACCCAGCAGGCUUCACAGAGCUCUUACCCCCCCAUCCUCCCCAAGGACUUCAACGCAAACCAGCCUAAGACCAUACGCCUUUACCCCCUCAGCAACUACACCUUCGGGACCAAAGACGGACAGCCAGAGGAGGACCCGUCGGUGCUCGCGCGGCUGAAGAGGUUGGAGGAACACUAUCAGGAACAUGGCAUGCGGCGGACGUGUGAGGGCGUGCUCGUCUGCCACGAGCACAACCACCCUCACAUCCUGAUGUUGCAGAUUGCGAAUGCCUUCUUCAAGCUGCCUGGCGACUACCUCCGCGCUGAAGACGACGAGAUCGAGGGCUUCAAAGCGAGGCUAAACGAGCGCCUCGCGCCAGUCGGCACUCAGUUCACAGGAGAAGGUGUCAACGACGAGUGGCAGAUUGGUGAUACGCUAGCACAGUGGUGGCGGCCGAACUUCGAGACCUUCAUGUACCCCUUCAUCCCGGCGCACGUCACGAGGCCGAAGGAGUGUAAGAAGCUCUACUUCAUACAGCUACCCCGUAGCAAGGUGUUGAGUGUCCCGAAGAACAUGAAGCUCCUCGCCGUCCCGCUGUUCGAGCUCUACGACAACACCGCGCGCUACGGCCCGCAACUCUCGGCGAUCCCUCACCUGCUUUCGCGCUACAACUUCGAGUUCGUCGACGAGAAUGGGCAGGUGGCCGCGGUAACCCCCGGCGUCGGGCCAGCAGACGGGUCAAGGCCGCAGACAAAGGUGCUUGCCGGCGGAGAGGAUGUGAAGAUGGAGCAGAAUGGAGAUGCAGCGAGUGAUCACACGCUUUCGUGAGAUCGAUUCCUGCUCACUCCCAAUCUUUGAUGGAAGCUAACUGGACAUUGCGGCGUUAGGAGUAAUAUGAGAAACGACAUGGAAGCCAAAAUCCGGGACUUCUGGAGCGUAGUCCAGUCUUGACCGUAAGAACGGCGUUCAGGAGGCAUUUUGGCGACUUCCCCCAGGGCUGCAAAGGUCGAUCAUGCGGAUAGCAGUGGGCUCAUAGACCAAUAUUACUCUUCCAUUU